AGGACCGAAGAGAACUCGUCAGGGAAAUUACGGAAUAAUAAACAGACAAAUACUCAUAAAUUCGUCUCCCGCCCUUCUUCACGGUCAUGAGAAAAAGGACUCUUCUUAUCAGUUAAGGAUACGAGAAUUUAUGUUUUCCCUUACCCUUUAAUGGCGAUCGCUGAACCUUGUCCAGAGAUGACGAAUCCUUUGAAGAGAAAUCACGAGGGAAAGGAGGUUGUAUCUGUGGUGAAGGGGCAAUGCCUGGAAGCAAAGGGGUCCAAGCCCGAGGAGUUUGAGCCUCGAAGCUACCAGAUAGAUAUUUUGAAGGUGGCUAUGAAGAGGAAUACGAUUGCCGUUCUGGAUACUGGGUCUGGAAAAACAAUGAUUGCUGUUAUGUUGAUGAAAGAAAUUGGACAAGUCUUAAAGAGUGGCGAGGAUAAAGGGUUAAUGAUUUUUCUUGCCCCCACUGUUCACCUCGUAACCCAGCAAUGUGAAGUGAUAAAAAUUCAUACAAACUUCCGUGUCAUGGACUACCAUGGAGCCAAGGGAAUUGAUGAGUGGAACAAGCAAUGUUGGGAUAGAGAAAUUAACAGUCAAGAGGUAAUGGUUAUGACACCACAAAUUUUGUUGGAUGCAUUGAGGAAUGCUUUCGUGACACUGGAUAUUGUAAAGUUAAUCAUAUUUGACGAGUGCCAUCAUGCAAAAGGGAACCAUCCAUAUACAAAAAUAAUGACGGAAUUUUACCACAAACCAGCGAACAAACCAAAAGUGUUUGGCAUGACUGCAUCACCUGUUAUCAGAAAAGGGGUGACAUCAAUUGAUGACUGCGAGGAACAAAUAUCCGAGCUUGAAAGGAUUUUGUAUUCCCAGGUCUACACAGUGGAGGACAGAGAUGUGGUUGAAGUAUUUGUUCCACUGCCCAAAGAAUCUAAUGUCUAUUAUGACCCUUUUGUUUGUCCUUAUGAAGAUCUAAAAAUUAAGUUGGAUACUUUAUGGCAAAAGUUUAAUGCACUGCUUAGCUUGAAGCAGUCAGAGCAGAUAAAUUACAAGGACACUGAAGAAAUCUACGGGAAUUUGAAAAAGAAGACAUGGAAAUGCCAUGACAAAAUUAUGCAUUGCCUAGACAACCUUGGCCCAGCUUGUGCUUAUGAGGCUGCUAAAUUCUGCAUGGAGAAAAUUGGUCUUUUGAAUGAAUUGGAGAGAUCUAUAUUUCCUGCACUGGGUUUGUGCAAAAGUUAUCUUGAUGAAGUAUUUCAUACUUUGAAAGAAAUUGUACCCCCUGACAUUGGAAAUUGGUUUGAAAGAGAAGAGGGCUUGGCGUUAGCUGUUCAAAAGGGUUAUAUUUCUCCCAAGUUAUGUAAACUUGUGCGAGUCAUUUGUUUGUUGGGGACGUCCAAGCUGUUUCAUUGUCUAAUUUUUGUGGAAAGAAUCAUUGCAGCUAAAGUAUUGGCAUGUUUUGUGUCAAAGAUGAGUCUCCUAUCAGAAUUCACAAGUUCUUAUUUGACUGGGGAUACUUCAUCAUCAGAUGCAUUGGCACCAAAAGUGCAAAAGCAAACUUUAGAUUUGUUUCGUUCUGGGAAGGUUAAUUUGUUGUUCACUACUGAUGUUGCUGAGGAAGGAAUGGAUUUGCAUAUCUGCUCUUCUGUAAUACGGUUUGAUCUACCAAAAACUAUUCGGAGUUACAUUCAGUCACGAGGACGUGCUCGGCAUACUGAUUCUCAUUAUGUUCUUAUGCUUGAAAGGGAUAAUAUCAAGGACAGAGAUGCACUUUUUGACCUUAUCAGGAGUGUACAAUCCAUGAGGGAUACCACUUUGAGUAGAGAUUCUGCUAUUGAUAAUUGUAUCCCUAUAGUUAGUCACUUGGAUGAGGCUUACUUCUAUUCUGUUCCAUCCACUGGGGCUACUGUGACUUUAGAUUCAAGCAUCAAUCUUCUAUACAAGUAUUGUGAUAAGUUACCUGGAGACAAGUACUACACUCCAAGGCCAGCAUUUCAGUACACCUUAGUGGGAAAAUUUUAUCAGUGUACAUUAACUCUACCACCUAAUGCAGCAUUUCAUAUGUUAAAGGGACCUGUGAACCGUAACAGUCAUGUUUCACGGCAGCUUGCAUGUCUAGAAGCAUGCCAAAAAUUGCACAAAAUCGGGGCCCUUGAUGAUCAUCUUCUUCCAAUAAUUGAAGAACCAGAAGAAAAUGAUUUAGUUGGAGAAACUAUAAGGUCAUCUUUGGGUGCUGGAACAACUAGAAGGAAGGAGCUCCAUGGUACAGCCCAAGUGCAUGCUAUAUCUGGAACCUGGUCGCAUGAAGUGGAUGAUGUCACUUUCCAUGCAUAUAAAGUAUCAUUCUCUUCUAACACAAUUGGGGAGCAAUAUUCUGGAUUCGUACUAUUAAUGGGCACAUUAUUGGACAAUGAUGUGGCAAAUACUAAAAUAAAUCUUAAUCUGAAGUCCAAUAAAGUGGUUGAAUCUUGUAUUUUUUCAUGUGGUGAAAUCAAUUUGAAUGCAGAUCAGGUGAGAAAAUCAAAAUUAUUCCAUGAAAUGUUCUAUAAUGCAUUGUACCGCAAACUGUUUCAAAUGUUGAAGAAUUUAAAUGGGGUUGAAAAGCAAAAGGAGGGUCUUCUAGAAAAUGGAAACAUGCAGUUAUGGACAACUUCCAAUAUGUACUUGCUCUUGCCACUUAUAAUUGCUCCACAUGAUCAUGAAGCAGUAAGUAUUGAUUGGGAGGGUGUUAAUGCUUGUGCCACGAUGAUGAAUUUUUGGAAGAACACUUCUUUGCCCAUUGGAAAGUGUGGAUUCUUUGGUGCCAUGCAAAGUUGGUCGUUUUUCAGUACUACUUGUGAGGAUGAACACAUGAUGUCAAGAAUAUUCCAACUUGCUAAUGGAGCCUUCCCUAUAUCAGACCUGAAACAUAGAGUGGUUUUGUCUGUUCAUACUGGUCGUGUUUAUUGUAUAAUGGAUAUGAUACACAACACUAUGGCUGAUAGCCCAUUUGAAGAGGAUGCAACUUCACAAUACAGUUCUUACGCAGAUUAUUUCAAGAAGAAGUAUAACAUCGAACUUAAAUACCCUGGGCAACCAUUGUUUCUUUUGAAGCAGAGCCAUAAUCCACACAACCUUCUUUUGGCUGGUUCUUUUGAAAAGAGUGGUCCUGAAGACGAUGUGAAGAUGCCAGUGAAUGGGCCACAGGGCUUCAUCAGAAUGCCUCCUGAGCUUCUAGUUAACCUUAGUCUAUCAGGAGAUGUUUUGAAGUCCUUUUACUUGCUCCCUUCUUUGAUGCACCGAAUGGAGUCCUUGAUGUUGGCUUGCCAGCUUAGAAAGGAAAUUACUUGCCAAAUCGGUGAUCACAAUGUGUCUAGUGCUUUGAUGUUGGAGGCAAUUACAAGUAAAAGAUGUUCUGAAAAUUUCUCCCUUGAGCGUUUGGAGUUAUUAGGGGAUUCAGUAUUGAAAUAUGCAGUAAGCUGCAAGCUCUUUCUGAAAUAUCCAGAGAAGCAUGAAGGGCAAUUAUCUGCUUGCAGGUCACGGGCUGUAUGUAAUGCAACACUUCACAAAUUGGCGACGAACCACAAGUUGCAGAAUUAUAUUCGAGAUGCACCAUUUGAUCCUCUCCGUUGGGUGGCACCUGGGCAGUGCAUAGCUCUUCCUGUUCCUUGUAAAUGUGGUUUGGAUACUCGUGAUGUUCCAUUGGAUAGCCAAUACGUAACCCAAUCAACGGCUACAAAAGUUGGAUGUGCAUGUGAUAGGGGUCACAGGUGGAUGUGUUCAAAAACAAUUGCUGAUUGCCUGGAGGCUUUAAUAGGGGCUUACUUUUUAGGCGGCAGUUUGAAAGCUGCUAUUUCUUUUAUGAAUUUGAUGGGUAUAGAUUGUGAAUAUGAUGCCACCUUAGUUGAAGAGGCAGCUAACAGUGCAUCUCUGCGGUGCUAUAUUCCAAAAAGUGAAGAUCUUGAACUACUUGAGACAAAAAUUGGCUACACUUUUUUGGUCAAGGCCCUUUUAGUGGAGUCCAUUACUCAUGCUUCUCGGCAAGAAUUUGGAGCAGGCUUUUGCUACCAGAGGCUUGAAUUUCUUGGGGACUCUUUGUUGGACCUUCUUACCACACGGUAUCUCUUUGAAAAACAUAGAGAUAUUGAUCCAGGGGUACUGACUGAUUUGCGUUCAGCAUCAGUGAAUAAUGAAAAUUUUGCUCAAAUUGCUGUAAAGCAUGAUCUUCAACCUCAUCUGCUACAUGCGUCUGGCCUCCUCUUGGGUCAGAUUACUGAAUAUGUUCAGCGUGUCAAGGAUUAUCAUGAUAGUAAAUGCCAAGAUCUCUCUCUUACACGGUCUAAAUGUCCAAAGGUUCUUGGGGACCUAUUAGAGAGUAUUGCAGGGGCAAUAUUGAUUGAUUCAGGAUUCAAUCUAGAAACUGUCUGGAGAUUACUUGAACCAAUACUGUCUCCUUUUGUAACACCAUGUAAUCUUCCUUUGCCUCCCGUGCGUGAAUUGUAUGAAUUAUGCGAUUCAAAAGGUUUUACUCGAAGAGUUGAAUAUGCGGAGAAGGAUCUCUCCAUUGUUGCUACUGUUGGGAUACAACUUAGGGAUGCUCGCUUGGUCAGAACAGGAGUUGAGAGAAAAAAGAAGCUUGCAAUGGAACAAGCAGCCCGUCAAUUGUUGGCUGACUUGGAGGAAAGAGGCCAUGUGCACUCUCGCUUUGUAUCACGGAGGAGUAGACAUGUAAAUGAAGUCGUUAAUAAUUCCACUAAUCCAAACCCCAGCACUUCUAUAACCAUGCCAACAGAUAGUAAUUCCACUGAGAAUUCAUUCAAAAAGCGAAGGAUCAUGAAUGAGUCAUGUUCAUUGGAAACAUCUCCAGAUCCGCCCUCUGUUGAUUUGUGUGAUCCCAAUGUCACUAUGCUAGUGAAGGUGUCUGUGGAUAUGCGCAAGGGUGGCCCACGGACAAGUUUACACCUGCUUUGCAAGAAGUUAAAUUAUAAAAUGCCUGAAUAUCAGUCAAUUGCGGAGGGCUCAAGGUUUGUCACAAAAAUGAUAUUAUAUUUGCCCAAUUCUGAUGCCAUUGAAAUUAAGGGGGAGCAACGAACUGAUAAGAAAAGUUCUCAAGAUUCUGCUGCGCUUCUCAUGCUUCAUGAGCUUGGGAGACUCCAGAGAUGCAUCCUUGAAGAAUGCUGAAGAGGCGUGAUGUCUUUAUGGUUCCAUUUGUAUAAUCUCAUGCAUGUAUUUAAGCAACUGGGUGUGAUUCAUUGUUACCCACUCUUUAGCAGUGUAGGUAAACAGGUGAAUUUACACUUGAUUGGAAAUUUUCAACUGUUUCCAAAAUGUGCUUGUGGACCGUUCUGUAAAGGUGUUACAGAUUUAUUUAUCCAUUUCAUGCUCUCUCUCUGCA